UUCGUAGCUUGGUGUGGAGAAUGGCAAAACUUACUGAUGAUGCCGACUACGAUGCUGGCGAAACAUUUGAGAAGGUUUCAACCUAUCAAAUGAUAAUCCUAAUGAAGUUCAAUCAGCAGCCACGCUAUACAUACGAGGAACUUGCUCGAGAGACAGGAAUACCAGAUCGUGAUUUAAUGCGAAGCCUUAUGGCACUUGCCCUUGCCAAACCUACACAACGGUUUUUAUGCAAGGAGCCACGUAGUAAAGAUAUUGGCCCCCAGGAUGUGUUCUUUGUGAAUGAUUCUUUCGCUUCCAAGCAUUACAAAAUAAAAGUAACCAAUAUCACUGUAAAAGAGACAGAACCGGAACAACAAGAAACGCGUGCCUUGGUGGACGAAAACCGUCGGUUUGCUAUCGACGCUACUAUUGUUCGUGUAAUGAAAGCACGCAAAACAUUAAGUCAUAAUGAGCUGCUUGCUGAGGUCGUGGAGAAGUUGAUGAAUCAUUUUAAGCCGACACCGCCAGUUAUCAAGUCUCGCAUCGAAGCCCUUAUUGAGCGCGAAUUCAUAGCUAGGUGCCCUGAAGAUAAGCGGAUCUACAAAUACCUCACUUAA